AUGUUCAACGGUGACCCUCCUUUGCCCUCUAUCCCUAACCCCACCACCGAGCAGAUUCAAAAGUACUUGGAGGAGAAUAAGGAGCUGAUCCUAACAAUAUUGGAAGCUCAAAACCUGGGAAAGUUCACCGAGAUCGCCCAAUGUCAAGCCAAGCUUCAGCAUAACUUGACUUUUCUUGCCAAACUGGCCGAUGCUGGGCCUCAGGCACAGAUACAUUCUCAGGGGCAAGGCAUGCAGCAUACGCAGGUAGCAAUGUCUCAGCAACAACCAAAUCUUUCUACCUCAAACUUGUCUUUGGACAUGAUUGAUCAGCAUCAGCAGCACCAACAACAACAUCAUUUGACAAUGUCUCUACAACAACCUGAUCUAUCUACUUCAAAGUUACCUUUUCAGAUGAAUGAGCAGUACCAUAAGCUACCAGCUUUCUUCCAGCAAAAUCAACUUAUCCAUGGACCAAUGGUUAGCUUUCCUGGUACAAAUAGUGGCAUGUUUCAGGCAUCGCAGACCAGACCUGGUUAUCUGCCAGAUAUGCCAGCAAGUAACCAUGGUUCAGAUGUUGGUCCUGGUUGGUCUUAG